UUUGUUUAUAGUCGUCUGUAGGCAACAGCUGCCUAUACAAGCACGCGUUAUUACACACUCGUCAAUAGCGAUUUUAUGAAAAAAAACUACUAUCGCAGAUGUUAAUUUUCAAAUCGGUUAAAUUUAUCGAAGCAAAAUAAUACAAGAAUGAAUACAACGAAAGUAGCUUUUUACUCUUUCACGCUGCUUAGCGAAGCCAGUCUGUUGGCUUACUUGCUCUGGAAACAGUGGAGAAGAACCGGACACCCAUUGCCAUCGCUGCACGCCGCCAAAGAGAUAUAUCUGAAAUGGAAGCGACACAGGGACGAGAAAAACGAAAUGAAGAACUGGAGGUGGCACAAAGUGGGCGAAGUCGACAAUUUGAUCGUUUAUCCGGUCAGAAGCAUGCGCGGAAUAAGACUCGAUAGCGCUUACUGCCAUCGCAGGGGACUCUGCCACGACGAGUGGCUGAGAGACAGAUACUUCGCGGUCGUCGAUCUCAGCGGAUAUUACGUCGAUCCCGACAAGGAUCGUAAAAUAAGGAAUAUUCAACCGUGCAUGAUGGAAUCCAUACUGGUUCUAACGUACACCCAUCGUGACGGUUUUAUGAUGGAUUUGAGCAAGUUGAAAGAGGGUCCAUUCGAAUUAAGAAUAUUGGCCGACGGUACGCUCGCCCGUGAUUGCGGUGACGAAGUUGCCCAGUGGUUGUCCCGGUAUCUUCGUGGGAUGGAUACCAGCUUCAGAUUAGUCACUUGGCCGUCGGACGAUAUAGAGAGGAGAAUUUGGAAAAAAUUCAGUAUUUUCAAUAGAUACACGAUAAAGGAUACCGGUGCAUUCGGCGACGGCACGAGCUACACGCUGGAAAAUAAAGCCUCGGUCGACGAUCUGAAUACGCUCCUCUUCGCGCCCGUGAACGUGUCGCAAUUGAUGCCCAAUAUCGUGGUCUCCGGUCCCAAAGCCUACGAAGAGGACAGCUGGGAAACUGUUCGAAUCGGCGAAUGCAUCUUUCAAAACGUGAUGCCGUGCGGUCGGGACCACGACAUGGGCCCUCACACUGAAUCGGGCCGAAAAAAAGAGUUAGAGCUACGCAGUAUAAUGAGACGAUAUCGAUUCUUCCUCAAUCACGAGGUCGAGAAUGCGUUCAGAGGUUUUCCGAGUAUCGGUAUACACUUGGGGCUGCGUUAUUCAGGCGGUCCCAUACGAAAGGGAGAUCCGGUUUACGUCAGAUCCGACAAGAAGCUGACGGGUCCCAUGAUAAAAACUAACGAGAAGUUCCGAAAUUUGAUGUAAAGGGAUCGGAGAAAUACGAGACUCGACAAGAAUUGUAAAUAUUUUUUUAUGCGGAAAAUUGUAUAUAUUGACAAUGAACAGCAUCGGUUUUUUAAUGUUCUUAUAAUAAAAUUUAUUUACACUACAAA